ACGAGAUUAAAAAAAAUGGAAGAGAGAGAGGAAGUGAAAGGGGCGGAGCGAUGGACGACGGCCAUCGGCAAUCUGACGGAGAUGGCGUCGAAUUUAGAUUCUCUGCAGAAAUUACUCAUCAAGAAAGCUGUUUACGUCGACGAUGAAACAUUUGCCAAGGCCUCACUCAGCUCCGAGCAAGCUCGCUCGAUCAAGGUUCUUGAGCAAAGAGUUGAGACUUUAGAGAAAGAACUUGAUGCUGCCAUUUCAGCAGCAGCACGUGCACGAAAUGAAAAACGGCAGGCUGAGUCAGCACAGAAAGCUGCUGAAUUGCGUACUAUAGAAAUCACAAAAGAACUCGAGAACACCUCUAAAGUAUUUGAACUGCAUAUGGAAGAACUGUGUGCAAAACAGCAAGAGAUUUCAAAGCGGGAUAAAGAGAUAAAACUUCUAGAGGCUAUAAUAAAGACUCUUGGUGGUAGAGAAUCACUUAAUACUGACCGCUAAAUUCCAUCAUGUUAUUCCAGGUACGCGUAAAUUUAAGUUGGCACAGACCAAAUGAAGUGAUCCUUUUACAUUCGGGUGUUCUAUUUUAUGACAUUUCUGUAUCUUGGACAGACCACAUGUAUAUCAGUAUAUGGAUUGAGGCAAUGAGAUGAUCUUUCAUAUU